AAAAUAAAGAGCUUUGUUCUCUUAAUUUAUGGUUAGGCAUAAGGUCAGCAGUAGUGUGGGUAGGAUUAGGGUUAAAAUCGUUUAAAGAAGAGAAAUGGUCGAAAUAGGCGGGUUUAUGACUUUGUGGCUGUGCUAACUAUAGUGACAAGCGGUUGAUGAGAGCGAUGGUAGCGCCUGAUUUGGCACAGACAGGACGUCGGAGUAGGCUGUAUGUGUGUUUGUAGCCCAUUUACAGAACUGGGAGGUUGAGUGCUCCUACCAACGAGUGAAAGCUGCGCUUGCAUCGGGCGCUGUGAAAAUGGCGGAUGACUGCGCUAGGCUCGGUACAAUAAUCGGUCAAUGUUCGCACGGCAGACUUUGCCCGGUGAGGGAGUGUUGUAUGUACGGAAAUCCAGGAACGUGGCGCGAGCAGCUGUCAAGCAAAGCUUGUAGCGGAACGGGGGCGCCUCGAGCUUUCAAGCGAGUCGACCGCUGGAGCGCGCAAGGGCUAUAUAGCCCAGACCCCCAUUGAUACUACUGCUGCCAUGGAGAGGAAAGAGCAUCCAGUUGGAGAAGUCCUCAUCAUUCCAAUGAGAUCUUCAACAUUACUUUCGCCCCAGAAUUCAGCUCGACCCCAAACCCUUCCCCUCCAGCCCUCCUCCCCUCCUCCCCCCCCCUCUCUGUCCAGUCACCAGCUCCAGGCUGAGUUUCUGAGGAGAGCUCCCAGAGCUGCUUCCCCUGACAAUGAUUCGGCUAGACACCAAAACCUUCCCCACCAACCCUCUCCCUCUGUCUCCCCCUUCUCCUUCCCUCCUCCCACUCUUUCCUCCCCUCCUCCACCCCUCUCUCUGUCCAGUCCCCAGCUCCAGGCUGAGUUUCUGAGGAGAGCUCCCAGAGCUGCUUCCCCUGACAACGAUUCGGCUAGACACCAAAACCUUCCCCACCAACCCUCUCCCUCUGUCUCCCCCUUCUCCUCCCCUCCUCCCACUCUUUCCUCCCCUCCUCCACCCCUCUCUCUGUCCAGUCCCCAGCUCCAGGCUGAGUUUCUGAGAAGAGCUCCCAGAGCUGCUUCCCCCGACAACGAUUCGGCUAGACACCAAAACCUUCCCCACCAACUCUCUCCCUCUGUCUCCCCCUUCUCCUCCCCUCCUCCCACUCUUUCCUCCCCUCCUCCACCCCUCUCUCUGUCCAGUCCCCAGCUCCAGGCUGAGUUUCUGAGAAGAGCUCCCAGAGCUGCUUCCCCCGACAACGAUUCGGCUAGACACCAAAACCUUCCCCACCAACUCUCUCCCUCUGUCUCCCCCUCUGUGUCCCUCUUCUCCUCCCCUCCUCCCCCCCUUUCCUCCCCUCCUCCACCUCUUUCCUCCCCUCCUCCACCCCUCUCCCUGUCCAGUCCCCAGCUCCAGGCUGAGUUUCUGAGGAGAGCUAGCCGUGGUCUGAGAACUGUCUCCUGUGACACCAGCGAUGUCCUCACCUCCCCCAGCUCCACCCUGGUCUCCCCCUUUACCUCCAUCACCACCUCCACCCUUACCUCCCCCCCACAGCCCCUGUCCCUCUCCAUGCCCACUAAAGAGGGUUGCACUACUCUCCUGUCUCUCUCCAGUCCUGAGCUACUAACUGAGCUGUGUCAAUCUCAGUCCCGUCCUAUGAACCACGUCUCUGUCUCUAAAGGACUCACCACUGUCUUCUCUGGACGGGGCAGGGGCAUAACGAAUCCUAGCCCUGCCACUGCCUCAGGAGCAGCCAACCAGACACUCCGCUCAGACUCCAUGGCCAAUAGGAGAGGACAGGCAGGUCCCAGGCUGUCUAAUGGGACAAAGCGUUAGACUAAGCUAAAGUGCCUCUGAUGACCCCAGCUACUGUAUAAUGUAAUUGAAAUGAAUGAAAACCAGCAGUCCUGUGGCCCUCCCCCUGUGGAGUUGAGAACUGAAUGACACAUUAUCAAACACUAUCUAUACUGCCAUGUGCCAUUGCCAACACACUAACAUCAUAGACACAAUGCCAACCCACCGACAGACUUACACACACACUGUAACACACACACACUGUAAAACACACACACUGUACCUCUUCAUGUAAGACAUGGACGUGCUUCUACACCUGCAUUGCUUGCUGUUUGGGGUUUUAAGCUGGGUUUCUGUACAGCACUUUGAGAUAUCAGCUGAUGUAAGAAGGGCUAUAUAAAUUGAUUUGAUUUGAUUUAAAAGCAAUGUGGUGAGGUGAAGCAGGUCUCUGUAAAAAUAAAUGAUCAAAUGUAUCAUAA